UUGGCUUCCUGUGCUUUAAGGAACUUGGAUUACUAGGCAAGCAGGUUUCACUCUCCUCUCCGCCUGUGGGGAGGCCUUGCCAGAGGAGACGGAGCGAGGGGGCCCCCCUGCCUGCAGAUGUAAGGGACGAGCUGGGCCAAAAACUAUGGCCCCACUGGGGCUGUUCCCAGUUUUAGUGGCGAUGGUCAACUUGAACCUAAUUCAGACAGAAACUGGGGGGUCAGUGGGGGUAACCCUGAACCCUGUUACCAAACCUAUCCCUGCAGUGGUUGUGGACAAGGAUGCCUUCAUCCACUCCAGCAGUAAACAAAAGAGGGAGGUGGAUUGCACAGGAGGAUACUAUCUUCACCCAAAUAAAACCCACUGCUGCAUUAGAUGCCACAGAGGAACGUUCGUUGCACAACACUGUUUAGACUCUGAUAAGGCAACAAAGUGCUCAGUAUGCUCUGAGGGUUCCUUCAUUGAUGGAGAUAAUAGCUCUGAGCAGUGUCGCGGAUGCCGACGCUGCCGCCCAACCUUUGGACAAAUAGAGAUAUCCAAAUGUACCAGUGAGCACGACACAGUUUGCGGUUGCGGCAGAAAUCAGUAUCAAAGUAGCCACAGUGAUGAAUUCAUGUGCAAGAAUUGCAGUGCUUGUCCCAAUGGAAGAAUCAGGCUAUCUUGUACCAAAUUCAGUGACACAAUAUGUGAGUGUCGUCCUGGAUCCUUUCUCCAAAAAGACGAAAACAAAUGCUACCCAUGCAGCAGCUGCAAUGAGAAAGAAUGCAAGAUGGACUGCGACCUUUCCGAUCCAGUGAUGAAGCCAGAAAAUUCACAACACACACUUCUCACUAUACUAGUUGUCGCAUUCGGAACUAUCUGUGUAUUGCUGUUGGUGAACACAUUUCGCAAACGAUCCUGUCAGAAGAGGUUCAGAUCCAGUUUCUGUCCAUAUGCUCCAAAUCUGCAGCCAACAAGUGAACCUUCCUCAGAGGUGGUAGAGAAAGCGAAAAGCACAUUUCUGGAACAAAACCAGACAGGCAAUCUUUUGCUACAGAAAGCCACACCAGCUGACCUCCCAGAUUGUGUAAGGGUGGCAGGAGAGACACAAAUCCCAGAUCGUCCUGAAGUUUUGUAUGCUGUGGUGGAUCAUGUACCGCUGCCUCGGUGGAACGAAUUUGUGCGGCGCCUGGGACUGAAUGAAAUUUCAAUAGAGAGGAUUUAUGCAGAACAUCGGCACAUUCGGGAAGCACAAUAUGUCAUGCUGAGACAGUGGAGGCAGCAAGCAGGCCACGGUGCCACUGUAGAGCGCAUCUGUUAUGUUCUCAACCAAAUGGAGAUGAGUGGCUGUAGUGAGACUAUUCAGGAGGACCUGUCCAAACUGCCUUAGAUGUACUGCAUCAGUACUCACUCACACCAAGCACAAUCAUCUCUUGAUGACUUGUAGCGUCGUGGUGGAUUGUGUGUUUGAAUGUGCCAUUAUGCCAUAAACAGAACUUGUAGGUGUAUUACCUCCAACACAAUGUUUUUUUCAAUGGAGUAAGCUCACUGUGUUCCAUUCUUAAACAAUCAAGAAAUAUGUGUCUUCUGCCCAUCCCUGUCAAGUCUAAGCCCUCCUUUCAGAGGGCUUAUCUACUCUUCCUUUUGUCCUGCUGCUUCCCCCGCCCAGGGGAAACUGCUCUUUAGCUCGUAAUUGGAGCAAAUGGCAAUCUGGUUUUCCGCCGUUCUUAUCUAUUUCUUAAAGAGUGGGUUUUCUUGGAAAGGAGCGGGGCAAAUGGCAAACCACUUGGAGCCAUGCUUUCUAGGCAUGGCACAAGCAGAAGCGUGUGCAAGCCCAGAGUUAGAUUUUGGCCUCUUCACUUGCUUGUCAUCUACAGUACUUUAUUAUUCUUUUUUGUAGAGACUGAAAAGCAAGAGACUUAAUCAAAUACGUUUCUGAGCACAAUUCAAAGUGUUGGUGCUGACAUUUAAAGCCCUAAACAGCCUCGGCCCAGUAUAUCUGAAGGAGCGUCUUCACCCCUAUCCUCCAGCUCCGAGGGCCUCACUGCGAGAACUGAAGCUAUAUGGAACCAGGCAGAGGGCCUUCUCGAUAGUGGUGCCCGCCCUGUAGGACACCCUCCUUCAGAUGUCAAGGAAAUAAACAACUACCUGACUUUUAGAAGACAUCUGAAGGCAGCCCUGUUUAGGGAAGUGUUUAAUGUUUGAUCGUGUUUUUAAUAUUCUGUUGGAAGCCGACCAGAGUGGCUGGGAAAACCCAGCCAGGUGAGCGGGGUAUAAAUAAUAUUUUUUAAAUUAAAUGUUCUACUUUAUAGGAUUGUGAGAAUGUCUCCCGGCCUUUUCUGAUCCAAGGCUCUUUCAAUCCCAACCAGCUUGAAUGUGUGUGGGUUUUUUUUAAAAAAAACAACAACAACAAACCCAAAUGUAUAUAUCCAUUUUCAUAUAUUUUGAUGUCUCUCUUUCUGCCUCCCACAAGGUCUUCUUCAGGGCAUGCAUACACUACAGACAUCUUGUUUAACUGUGGUUUCUUUUGUGUAUGGAACAUUGGAAAUGGUUGUUUGGAGCACUAACAGACAAUUUUAGCUACUGUAAAUUGGCAGGAAGACUUUAGAAUCAUAGAAUCGUAGAGUUUGAAGGGACUCAAGGGUAAUCUAGUCCAACCCCUGCAAUGCAGGAAUCUCAGCUAAAGCAUCCAUGACAAGUCGCCAUCCAAGCUUUGCUUAAAAAUCUACAAGGAAGGAGAGUCCACAACCUCCCAAGGGAGACUGUUCCACUGUCUAAUAGCUCUUACUGUCAGAAAGUUUUUUCUGAGGUUUAGUCAGAAUAUCCUUUCUUCCAACGUUAAGCCAUUGGUUUGAGUCCUACCCUCCAGAGCAGGAGAAAACAAGCUUGUUCCCUCUUCCAUUGAUGUGCGACUAUCAUAUCUCCUUUCAGUCUCCUCUUUUCCAAGCUAAACAAUCAAUACCCAGCUCCUUCAACCGUUCCUCAUAAGGCUCAGCCUUUAUAGAACUAGCAUAAAUGAGUAGUCAUAAUCUCGCUCUAAAUCUUUGCUUGUCUUUCCCACCAUCAUAUUCUUUCUCUCUUCCUUUUUUAAAAUAAAAAAAAAAUCCAAUAUUGUGGGGACAUUUGUGCAACCCACCAAAGGAUAAGCUUUGGAUAAGCUCCAAUGAACAUAGUGGGAUUUACUUCUGAGUAAAUGUACACAAGCUUGCACUGGCAGUUGGCAAAAAUUGAACUCUCCUGGACAGCAUAAAGUUAAUGAGAGUUAGGAGGAAAUAUUUCAAUCUGAGAUUCAGUGGAGGUGCUCCAGCAUAAAUAGUACUUGUUGGUUGAUUGGUGUCUGUCUGUUUCGAGAGACAAUGGAGUGUGCCUCUGGGAGUGAAGCCUGGGCAGUGUGUAUGGAGGUCCUGGGAAUCGCAGUUUUAUCUGUAUAUAUUUGCCGUUUGGGCUAAGUAAUGCAGUUAAGUAUUUUGUAUAUACUUUUGUUGUAUAUUUGUGUAACCCUUGUUAUAACUGAGCGACCAAGUCUCUCACAAAAUACAGCAAGACAAAUGUGC